AUGUUCAUUCCUGCUGUGCCCGCGCAGCCACCUCAAGACGUGAUUUGCUUCGACGACGUCAUCCAGGGCAUCUUGGGGAAGGCUGCUGAGGUGCAAGGAUACCUUACCCUUGCUGCCAGCCUGCUCAAGACCUCCAAAAUGCUGUCCAACGCAGAGAUCACCAAGAAGGGUCAUUCAUGGGCAGAAGACUAUGCCUCUAGCUUGGCCAUGACCAUUUUCGAGGUUGAUUUGGCUUCUUCAUACAAGACUGUUCGAGAUCACUUCACAGAACAGAGUGACAAGCAGGAGAGUAUUGAGUAUUGCAAAGAAGAUCCAUUUGAGAGGGCUUUGUUGGAAAGGCGGAUGGAGGCAAAGCAACAAAUCCUCGAUGAGAAAGACCAGAUGGAUGCUGAAGCAGCAGACGAUAUCCUUUAUGGAGAGAAUGAAAGUAUCCGGAUGGCACUUGUGCAGAUCAACCACUUCGAGGAGGUUCUCUACCGCAAGCGCAUGCCAGACCCCAUAGUGCAGAGAGAGGAUGAAAUGCUUUGGGGGGCACCUGUUCCUCCCGCAGAGACAGUCUGGGCCAAUGCUAAGGACCCCCCAGACGAGCUGCUUGUUCGUGGAGACCAUGUUAUUUUAAUGAGCCUGGAGAGCGACCUCCCAGAGGAUGAAGCUGAUGUCGAGGAGGACUCCUUGGCAACUGGGAAGCGAAAGCCGCUGCGGCCUGGAAGGAUGCUGUCCUUGAAGACAUUCCUGCGGUCGAUGAGGUGUCAAAAGAAGAGGCGUCCUCUUGUGGUGGUGUCCGAGCGGGUUCCGUAUGACUGGGGACGGGUCGCGAACGAGCCUUUCGUUUUCCUGGUCUUGGGGGUACCAUACUCUCCUUCUACCCUGGAAAGGGCUGGUUUCUUGCAGGCCAAAUCAAUAGUGAUUUACCAGAAGGAUGUGAGCCGGUGCACGGAUGCUCCCUUGAUCGAUUCGCAGGCCGUGUUUGCACAACGCUUGAUGGAGUCCUUGUUGCGUGACUCAGGCGCCGUUCGGACUCCUGUGAUUUUGCACCUUCACAUGGAGGACAACACCGAACUCCUCACCGAGUCCGCCGAAGCCAAAAAGAGCAAGGGUCUCCUCGAGAUGCUCGAGUCCAAGGUGACACGAGAAGAUGAUGACGACGAAGGAGGGCAGCCAAAGCGAGUAGAGGUAGAAGAGAUGCAGCAGAUAAUUCUGCAACACCGCUUUGCAAGCAGUGUUUUGUUCAGCUCAAAUUUGGUGACCUGCUUGAUGGCAAACGUCAUGUUUCAGCCUUCACUUGCUGCCGUCAUCAGCGAAAUGUCCAAAGCAGCCUUUGUGGUGGUGGAGGUGCCAGAGGUUUGGAAAGGCUUGACCUUUGGUCAGCUGUUCAUCUACAUGAUGAGGAAGAGGAACUUGAUGCCUAUGGCUCUCCUCCGCAAAACCAAUGCGCAAGAAGCUCUUGACUUUCUUGACUCCAGUGUGGAGAACAGGAGAGUGGAAGAUCCAGAGGAGACUGCGCCGCUGCUGGGUAUUGCUGCUAUUUCUCCUUUGGUACGAAGUUGUCAGGAGAAGCUGGAGGUGAUAUAUGCACAGGUGUCGAGGAAGAUGGAUGAUUGGCGGGCACAACUCACUGACGAUGCUGAGAAGCAAAGGUGCGAAAAUCAUCGAGUUCAAUCAAGGAACAAAACUCUGGUGAUGCCAUUGGGACCAUCAUAUGUGGUGUACAACGAUGGUGUGAUUUGCAUGCAGAGCACUACAAGGACCACGCUCCCCAGAACUGGGGGCAAGCGUGAAAGAUUUGAUGCCUGCAACUUAGGCCAAGAGCAACAUGCUUUCCUGUAG